UCUAUCUAUGCAACUUGAUUAUUAAACCUAUGUAUGCACCGUUUUUAUAUUCUUAGCACAGAAUAGAAGCUCUUUUAGGUGUAUACAGUCGGUCCAAAAGAUUCUGUACUCUCAGGGACCAGUGUGCCACCAGAUUUGCCAUACUAUAUGUUCAGUGCGUUAGUAACUAAAACCACCACUGAAACUGCGCGUGUGUAAUACGCGCCGGGGGUGGAAGUCGAUGGUCGGCGUACGAAAAAUUGCAAUUACGAGCGAGGCCCGUUUAAUGCGAUCCGUGUGAUCCGUACUAGAAGGGGCGAUACGGCGUGCAUUUUUUAUUUUUACUGACGACUCGCUCGUUAGAAUUGGUGUGGCACUUCGACCUAACGUAGUUAGGACAACUACGUUAGGAGUGGUGGAAAGCACGACGGUACCGAUCACGAAACUGCAGCGUACGAAUACGCACGCGGUGUCUAAAAAUGGCGAAGGUGUUUCGCGCGGUGACAGUAUCGACUUUGUCAAACAAUGGACAGUCAACAGCGAAAUUUAACAAGCCGGUCACGCUCAAUAUCAACUAUGAUCCGCAGGGUCUCAGCGUCGAGUUCCUCCCAGGAGAUUCAGCUAAUAGAGAUAAAACUUCGUUAUUGGAGUUUCCAAUAACUCCAAGCACCGAGUGUUCCAGAGUAUCGUCUAGAAGUUAUGUAUUUACACUUGAUACAGAUAGUUUACUAAUAACAUUUGCCAGUGAAACAGAUUUUAGACAUUUUCAUUCGCAAAUAUUAAAGCUAAAAAAUGGUAAAGGCGUGUCGGCAUUUAACGAGAGGACCGAAGAAUCUUCUGCCAUGCAAUACUUUCAGUUCUACGGCUACCUCUCCCAGCAACAGAACAUGAUGCAAGAUUACAUUAGAACUAGUACAUACCAGCGUGCAAUCUUGGGGAAUUUGUCUGAUUUCAAAGAUAAAAUUGUGCUAGACGUAGGUGCUGGUUCUGGGAUAUUGUCCUUCUUUGCGAUACAAGCUGGUGCUAAGAAGGUGUACGCGGUGGAAGCGAGUAACAUGGCGAAUCACGCAGAACUGUUAGUCGCCGCAAAUAAUUUAUCAGAUAAGAUUAUCGUCAUAGCCGGUAAAAUAGAAGAGAUCGAUUUACCCGAGAAAGUAGACUGUAUAGUGAGCGAGCCGAUGGGCUACAUGUUGUACAAUGAACGGAUGCUCGAAACGUAUCUUCACGCGAAAAAGUGGUUAGUCCCGGGUGGUAGAAUGUUUCCUUCGCGAGGAGAUCUUCACAUCGCCCCAUUCUCUGACGAGAAUCUUUAUAUGGAGCAAUUUAACAAAGCUAACUUUUGGUACCAAACGUGUUUCCACGGCGUAGACCUAUCAGCGAUGCGCAACAACGCCGUUAAAGAAUACUUUAGGCAGCCGAUCGUCGACACCUUUGAUAUAAGAAUUUGUAUGGCUAAGUCUAUCAGACACAUCGUAGACUUUCAAACUGCUAAUGAGACUGAUUUACAUAAAAUAGAAAUCGAUGUCGAUUUUCACAUAUUAGAAAGUGGCACUUGUCACGGCCUUGCAUUUUGGUUUGACGUUGCAUUUAUCGGAUCGACGCAACAGGUCUGGCUGAGCACAGCUCCCACGGAACCUCUUACUCAUUGGUAUCAAGUUCGUUGUCUUUUAGAAAAUCCCCUGUUCUGUAAAAGCGGUCAACUGUUGUCUGGAAAGGUCAUUCUUGUUGCGAACAAAAGACAAUCGUACGAUGUAACAAUAGAAUUGAAGCUAGAGGGUACGAAUAUGGAAAGCAGUAGUAACACUUUGGAUUUGAAAAAUCCAUACUUCAGAUACACGGGUGCAGCAGCGCAGCCUCCGCCUGGUUUAAAUAACACUUCUCCCAGUGAAUCCUAUUGGACGACUUUAGACGCUCAAGGUGCCAGGCAGGCGGUGAACAUGGUCAACGGAAUGUCCGUUAAUGGUUUAGGAGAAGUUUCUAUGGACGCGACAGCAGUUAAUCCCAGCAAUUUGCUUGCAAUUGGAGGUCAGCCGAACAUUCACCCUGGUUCAAUUUCGAGCACAGGUCGAGGUCGAGUGGGAGGCACGGCUACGAGUACACAGGCAGCACAAUUAAUAGGUGGCGGAAUUACUCCGAACAUGUUUACGUCUCCCGCUACGCUUGGUGUUACUUUCCAGCAAUCGCUGGUCCUUGGCAAUACCUCGCAUUACCCAGUGAACCCCAGCUUGAUGAUCGGCGAUUACGUGACACCUGGUAACGGCAUAUCGUCUCAAACGUAUCGGCAAUGAUCAAUGGCGAAAUCGUUUUGCACCGAGUAUUCCUACACGGCGAAACAAUCGAGCGAUCGUCCGUGCGCUAGUAGUGGUGGGGACACUGGCAGCAACAAUAAUAAGCAGGGCCGAAAAUUGGUGUUCAGCUCACCGGCGAGCAAGUUACGGGUCUCGUCCGCGGUUCGCAUUUUGAACGCGGUCAGUUUGGCCAAGUUUAACACGAACGUCGGCCACGUAAACACCGCCAUCGGCAGCAACAAUAAUUUCGCUUAUUUUAACAAAGUUAUCAUUGGUUCUGGUUUCGGUUUCGGUGGGACCGCUAAAAGAAAUAAGUUACAAUGGGAAGCACGUUGGAGGAGAGUGCGAACCGUCCUCUCGUAGUUGUCGUUCAGUUUGUCGGUUUAGCAUUUAAUUUAAUCGACGAAUCCCUCGAAGAUUCCGAUCUUCCAUACCGUGAAGCGCAUGCUUGCCAAAUGUACCCGAAAAUACGAUAUUUUUUAACGACAAUACAUGUUUUAAUAAUGUUCCGCGCGACGACUAUUUCACGGGUCCUGAUACACGCAGUAUCGUUUGUACAUCAAAAAGUUAAUGCAACUGCGGACGCGAUCGCAGUUGCUUAUCUCCCUCCCUCCCCAUUUUCUUCGAUGUACGUUGUUUUUGAAAGGUUUCGGUAUCAGGUUAAAUGGGCAUCUUUAACGGAACGAAACUACGAUUCAGACUUGAUUCAUUAUAUUAAGUGAUUUUUACACAACACUUAGAUGUAAUAGCGUGAACGACGUUCCGAGAUAUUUCGAAAAUGAACAAGCAGAAAGCAAUAAUCCAUUAGAGAUACAAUAUGGAGCACUCUGUGGCAUUGCCUGUUAUUUAUCUCGCAUUUCUCUUUGAAGACAUCCUUCCAUCAGAUUUAUUUUCCUUUAUUUAAAAACGUGAAAAGGAAAAAAUAAAUUCUCCAACGAAAAUUCCAUAUUUAUACGUAUUUUAUAGUUACGUCCACCACCAGUCUCAGUUUCUUACUCUUUAUUUUAUACUUAAUAACAUCUUCGUUAAUUAUUUAUGACCUAGAGAAGGAAACGAAAUUGUAUAUAAUUGUCUACGUAGAUUGACUGACUCAAUUAUAUUUAAUUUACAAUGACAUGAUUGAAAGCAAAGAAAAAACAAGUAUGUCCAAUAAAAUUGUGUUGUUGCGAUUCAUAUUUAGCUGAUUUUCUUGUAUUAUUGCAAUGUACAGAAUACUAGAAUAGCAUGUACAGGCACAAUUUCAAAUUUGUGACGUUUGUAUUUACAUAUCGGCCUUCGGUCAAUAGGAUUAAUUCUAUACUUUUAAUGUACUUCUAGUAGAUUUCUACCGCCUAUGUAUGUCAUGCAUGCCGGUUUCGUUUCAUCGAGUAACCAAAUAUUCUCGUCGAGUAUAAAAGAGAAUGGAUUUUGUUGUACGGAUACCCCCGCAUUUAUGAAUCUACAAGUAUUUAGAGGACUUAUAAAACUUGUUUUUUUUUUUAUAUAUAUAUAUACGAAAUUUACGGGUUUCCGACCGCAAGGAAUUUCGUUACGCGAUGAAAUACGACGAUCAGAAUGUUUUUUAUAGCUUUGAGAUAACGAAUGACUUAUUUAAUUGAAUGACCAAGAAUGUAUUUCUAAAUUGAAAAGAAAAUGGGUAAUCUUCUGAUAACGAGUCGUCCCUGUGAUAUACAAAUGGUACAAGCACGUGCGAACGGUUUCUUAUCGCUUAAUAUAUAACUCUUCUCAUAUUUUAUACAUAAAAAUAAAAUGUAUCAUUAAUCGCAUAUCAUCCCUUGUUUUAUGCACUUCAGUAUUCCUACACAACAUUUUUGAUUUGUUCAAUCUUCCUGUUAUUGGAGGAUUACCUAUUCUUAAACAAUGUUGUACAUACUAUAUUCUUAAUUUUUACAAAUCGAUUGUACGUUCAGAUCUCGGUAUAACACUUAAGUCUCAUUAGUUCCUAAGGAGUGCUCUUUAUUAGUUAUCUGCACAAACUUGUUUCUUACUUUAAGAUACAUACACUCUUUUGAUACCCAAUUUUACGUACCUUGAACAGUACUUUCAAGUUUAAGAAACCGAUACAAGGGCAUCGUUUAAUUUACGACUAGCAGUUCUUAGUGUAAAUGUACUUUUUACUUGUACGUUGCUCCCACUGAUUUGAUAUUAGGCGUGCGAAUCAAUCUGAUGCCUUUAGAUUUUCCAAUCGCAGUAGAAGAGUUAAGUAUCACUGUCCCAUCUUAUAAAUAUUUAUGAAGCUAACGAACGAGGCAUUGCGAAUUAAUUUACACGCCUAAUGUAACAAGGAUAACGCUAAACGUGUAAAUAAUUUUGCCUAGUAUUCUUUGACGCUUUCCUCGAGCUAUAGAGUUCUGCGAAACGGAACAUACAAUUUCUUUUUAGCUUACGUAUUUAGUAUUCGAGAUCACAUUAACCGCAGGCAUUCCACAAGUGCUGAUAAUAUUAUACAAUUCGUUAACUCUGUAUAAAACAAGAACAUGCCUCUUCCAGUCUCGUCCUUUCUCUCUUUCUCUUUCUCUUUCUCUUUAAAUGAAACAAUGAAAGCAAUAUCUAGAAGCAAGUGCAAGAAUAAUUACGACGCGUUCUCUCAAAUUUCAAUAGGAGAUACAAAAGAUUGAAACGUUACAUUUCUCUUUUUGUAUCCUUUCUAGAUAUUGCUUUUGACGUAAUUAUUUCUUUCUUUCUCCUCGUUUUAGGAAAUUUUUAACGACUGAAAGAUACAAAAUAUCUCAGGUAGCCAAGUGAGUUUGAAGGAUACUGUUUUAUACAAUUUCAUGCCAUUUUUCAAUUGUGCGCUCGAGUGUCGAGAAGAAGAAGACGAAGAUUAGUUCUCCCCUCUUCGAGAUACAUGUAUACUCUUCAUAGUAUUGAGCUUAACAAGUUGCUUUCGCAAGUAAAAGAGAACAUAUACGUACUACUUGAAUAACGAGAAAAUGUUUGCGCUGGCAAAUUAAUUUGCUCUAACGUCUGUUAUUUUUAAUUUGUCAAGUUCUUUUGCGAUAUGUGAUACUUGAAGAAAUGCCACAGGAUUUAAGAAAAUUCAUUCGCAGCAGAAAGUCUAACUAAAUAACAAUAUUUAAAAACAUCGAACUCCAUACCAGACAUAUGAUAUUAAUUUAGACGUUCAUGCUUCCUGUUGCCAAUGAAUUCAACUAUUAUUUUACUGUCUGUCCAGUGAUCCAACCGAAGGGUAAUUUUUUAAAAACAUUCUGUAAUUUGGUUUCGUUUUUUUAACAUAUUAAAAUUUUCGUAAUGAACCGAAGAUACUCUCGAGUGUCAUAAAUAAUGCGACUUUUUUUAGCCAUUCCACGUAACGAAAACUUUUUGUACUUAUAGCUGUUCCCAAUAAAUGAUACGUAACUUUAAUUCGCGUGUGUAAUCGACGUACACAAAAUUUUUGUUUCAAAGACUUUUGCAUUAGUCUUGUACGUAUAUGUACAUCUUUCUGUUACAUUUUAAGUGUUACGUAUAAUUUAGACUGAUGAAGAAAACGAAAUCAGAUGAAUAAAUGCAGCCUUUAAUUAAGCAAUUAGACGACACGAGAAUCCCAAUAAAAGAACAUGCUCAGUUUUGUACGGUACAUAUAUGUAUACAGGGCGUUAAUAAAAAUUCGAAAUAUUUAUAGAGGACUGAUCCUAAGAGAAAAACAAAUGACUCAUCUUUUUUCAACACUCUGUAUGAUAUGAAUUCCUGUAUGCACGUUCGUGAUAUAUACACAAUUUGCCUAUAUCGUUUUAUUUAUAUAUGUAUGAAAGAACGAAAAUUGCUUUAACGAACUCAUACUUGCGUGCAUUGUACUUCCACAAAACUUUACUUUGUAUUUAGUGCAUCGACAAUUUAUCCUGUAAUUAUUCUCAGGUGAAAAAAAUGCCAUAAAGUUCGAUUUGUACUGUGUCGAGUCAAAUAUAUUAGAAUAGAAUCAAACGUUAAUGUGCACUUAAGCUUUUGUAAGCUCCGAAAUAUUUAAUUAAACCGCGUAUACUGGAGAUGAACAUCUAAGAAAUUAAAUCUAAUUCGACUAAUCAAUUCAUACUUAUUUGUUCAACAUUACCAAGAUUGAACGUAAAAAAUUAUUUUCCUAAAUAAGUUCGGUGAUCCCCAGAAAAAUUUAUGUAUUCUGCUAUUACAAUUUCGAAUUUUAUGAGGCUCAAUUUAUCGCUCUUGUUCUCUGUUCAAUGUACGACGUAUCCCCGAGGAGACAGUACAGGAUUUAACAUUAUUUUAAUAAUAAGAUACUCGUCGUUCUCGAGAUUUCGAGAAGAUAGAAAGUAAGCACAAUAUUUAUAUAAGAAGCGUAACGAGCUAGAACGAGUUCGCCUAGUAUUCGUAAUCCACUUAUUUGUAAAGUAUUAAUAUUUGUAUUCCGCCAACGUUUCUACAGAUGAAUGAAUGGAGAAGAUUACUCAGAUAGUUCCACCCGACAUCUGAGAUUAAGUUUAAAUAAACUUAUUUACUUCAA